AUGACAUCUCAAUAUUCGAACUACAGUUGUCCGCUCAACAACAUCCAAGUCAAUGUGAUCGGAAGUUCCAGAACUUCAGAUGAUCAUUUCCUAGAACAAAUGUUGACAAAAAGGAAGAAGACUAAUAUUUCUCAAGAUCUUCACUACUUGCUUCUAGGACUCAAUCCACGCGAGCUUUAUCAAAUUAGCUUCAAAUUGGCUCGGAUUGAUGAGAAAAAGUACAAGUUCAAUGGAAAUUUCAAUGAAGGCGACUAUUAUCCACAUAAAAAUUCUGAAAUUCCAAUGGAGGACACGGAAGAAAUUGUGCACUCCGAUGGAUAUCAAACAGGAGCCAGAUGGAUGAAAACUGGAGUUUAUUUUCCAAAAAUUGGAAUUUCCAAGGAGCAGCCUGACAAAGAAAGAUGUCUUCUUUUGGAGUCCCUACAUGCAUACUUCCCAGUUCUGGUAUUCACUACAUCUAGCGGGAUUUCUCUGGAAGUACCAGUUUGGAGCCAAAAAUUCGUGACGACUAUGACCUCAAGUAACCGUUCAGUGAAGAGAAGGGAAAAGAGGAAGUUGGAAGAAACUGCUGGACCGGCUGCAAAAAAGACUCCUGAUAUCAUUGAAACUACGCCAGAAGAUGUUGUUCCAGAAGUAUACAAUGCUCAAUACUUUUAUCAAAUGCAAAACAAUACGGUGAUAAGUUCCGAAUCCAAGUUCAGCAGUCCGUUGGCAUUACAACAAGAUCUCACCGAAGAUUUUGGCACAUUUGCUCAAUUGGACGCCCAUUUCAAUGUCAGUGUGCAAAGCUGCAGUUCAAGCAGUCUCAGUAGUCCAGCAGCAUUGAAACAUGACUCUACUGUGAGUUCUGACAGUGAUUUUGAUGAUAAGAACAGUGAAGAAUUCGACGCUGUUUUUGAAUACAUCGAUCAACAGUUUUCAAACCACGAUCAAAAUCCAAUGGAUCAGCAAUCAAAAUCAAUUGAUUUAAAUCAAACAACAUGGGCUCCUCAAUCAAUCAAUAAUCCAGGCUACCUGUCCACCGCAAGUAGUCCUGCUGCAUUGAAUCAGGAUUCUUCUGCUUCUGAGAAAUCAAGCAUUGUCCGUGAUAAGAAGAGCGAUGAAAAUUGUCUGGACGAAUUCGACAGAGUUUUCAAUGAGCUUGACCAGCAAUUUACACCGAAAGAAGAUCAAGUUCAAGAUCUCUCCAAUUGCACCACAUGGAAUCAGGAACCAAUCAAUAAUUCAAUUCAAUCAAAUCAAUUUAUCAAUCCCGAGCUAUUUUAUUUUAUUUUUCACAAAUGCCUUAUCAUCUCCUGGCCGUCAUGUUUAUCCUGCUGCCGGGGGUCAAUUCUGCCUCAACAUCUCCGGACCCCGCCACUGGUGCCCAUUUCUCAGCUUCUCAUAAUUUCACCACUGGUUCUGCCACCGUAUCAUAAUUUCACCACUGGUUCUGCCACCGUAUCUCCCUUCGCUUCAACUCCUGCCAACAUGACUAUUUUCAACUUCACCAGUGAUUCUUCUACCACCUAUUCCAAUUCCACCACUGCUCAAGUCUUUCCCGACGUCGCCAAUACACCUGAUCUUUCCUACUUCAACAUCGCUCCUGCCGUUGAUCUCUCCUUGUUCAUUGAUCCGUUUGUUCAGUCUGGACGUGAUCUUUCAAUUGAAAGAUCUAUCAGGAAUUUCACAAAUACACUGAAAAAAGCUCACAGACAAAAGAAAACUGCAAUCCUGACUUUCCAAUCAACCGAACCUAUGCAGCUGGAAUUUAAGUAUUGCACCAAAAUGCUGCUCAGAACGGACAAACCAGUUGGCAACUUCUCCAUCCAGCUCAGCGGUCCUUACCUGGAACAUCUCCUGAAUCUUUCCCAUCAUCUCUGCAGAUUUUCUGAGUAUAACUUGUUUGUCAAAGCACACUUUCCAAGAGGCUCCUACGGAUCUUUGACAUCAAUGACUGGUCCUGCGGUUGAAAUUCCUGAGACUCAAGAAAAUAUUACAAUUAUUUGGGUCAAAAAAGAUUUUCCGGAAAACGUGAAUAAGUACCCAGUUGCAAUUAAUUCAUUAAUCACGGAAGCCAUCGCUUCAAACGGUACCAACCAAGUACUGCUGACAUCGAAGUAUCCAUCCGAUUGCACGAUUCGCUUUAGGAAAUGCGGAUUCAUGAUUGAAGGAGUCUUGGUGGUGAAAAAAAAAGAGACCGUGAUUAUUGACAGGCAAAUUCUGGGAGAGCUGAAUAGAUUGAAGCAUGAUCUGCUCCAGUAG